GAACGCUAAAAUACGCCGUUUGUACAAGUAAACACCAUUCACUCUCUCUCUCUCUCUAUCUCUUUUUUCUCUCUCUCACUAAAAAUGGGUUGCUGUGGUGAUGAAGACGAGGAUGAUAUUCUCAAACACCUAAACCCCAGCAUUUCCACCGAAUCCCUAACCCCCAACCUUCACCACUCCUCCUCUUCCGAUUCUGACGUCUCCGGCGACGUCAUAUCUCCGAUGAACUCACACUUCUCGGGGCUUACUUGCCGCGACACCCUCCGCAUCAUCUUCGAGAAGCUGCCGAUUCCGGACCUGGCUCGGGCGAGCUGCGUCUGUCGAACAUGGAGCUCGGUGGCCUCCGAUAGAGAUAUCCUCACCAAAGCUUUCAAAGCCCCUUGGAAAUUGAAGGAAGUCAUCGGAGAACCUCUCUCUGGAAGCUUUUGGCGGGACAACACUAUUGGAAAGUUCGCGAUUUCGCAUCGGAUCGUGCGCGGUGAUACCGUAGCUAGGCUCGCCGUCAAGUACUCCGUUCAGGUUAUGGACAUAAAGCGAUUGAACAAUAUGAUGAGCGAGCACGGAAUAUACUCGAGGGAGAGGCUGUUGAUCCCCAUUAGCAAUCCAGAGAUUCUGAUAGGGGGUAUCUGCUAUGUGGAGCUGGAUACUUAUGCGAAGAGGGAAGUGGCGGUGUUGUAUCUGGAUGGCAGUGGACCGGACCUCAAGACGACGUCGUCUAUGAUUCGCCGGACGACCUCCGACCUAGGCAUGAAAAGGAUCAUUCAUUCCUUGAAGAGAAGCAUGCAUGUCGAUGAUGGAACUGCUCAGUACUACUUGUCGAUUUCCAAUGGCGACCCUCGAGCUGCAUUAUCAGAAUUCUCAGAGGACCUUAGAUGGGAGAAGCAGGUGGGUUUGCCUUAGAAACGCCAUUGAUGGGUGAAGAUGGAGGAGGUCGACCAAGAGAGAGAUGAAGUGAGAUAUCGCGCAAUGGGCGAUCAAAUGGUGCAAAGUUGACAUGGAGAGGAUGGGUACGGUUGGUGGCUAUUCCAUCAUUUGUUUGAUGAUUGUUAUCAAAUCUAUAAUCGUGAAAGCGUUGUAAAUUAAAACAAACAAACUUGUGAUUUGAUUUCUGUUUAUUAAAUGGAAAGGUUAAAAUUUUAAUCCAA